CUCCCCAAUGCGCCACUACCUGAUGAACCACUCUUUAAUAGGCCAGUACCUGAAGGACCAUUCUUUAAUGGGCCACUGUUUGAGGGACCAUUAUCCAAUGGGAUAGGCCCAUUGCCCAAUGGUCCUCUACCAGAUGUUGCACCAUCAACAAACCCUGCUACAGAGGAUCAUACCACCCCACAGAGUAGUGCAUCAGUCGUCACAAACCUCAUGUUCCACAACAAGAACACACAAAGAACUCUCCUACUGCAUAAUGGAGGCUACUUUCCUUUCCAUAAACCUCUCCACUCUUUUUCCCCUCGCUACCAGUUUCCUUUCGGGCGUCCCUUCCCAUUCGUUCCCUACAGAUACAUUCAUCGCCAGCCUCACUUCUCUACAAACCAAGACCCAUUUCCAUACGUUUCAAACAGCUUCUGCAACUGUGACUCUGGCAGCAGCUGCAUGAUCUCUUGCCACUACUCUCCACAUUACAAAUUUGGCUACCGGCAGUACUAGAUUCAUCAUGUAUCAUGAACAAUAAUAAUAUAGAACACAACCUUGUUUAGAGCCACCAAGUAUUGUUCCAC